CUGCUGCUGCUGCCGUGUAUGAGAGAAUCUCUUUCUUACUUGGUGGACUAAAGAUGAAGAAGGGGUCAUCAGUCCCACACAUUUAAACACCUUUAAACUGUUAAGCGUGUUGGACUAUACUGUGCAGCCUUAGGGUCUCCGAUCCUCUUUACCACUUCACUUUUCAAACACAGAAGAGAGAGAGAGGGCGAGAGGGAGAGAGGGGGAGGCUUCGCUCUCUGUAUAAGAAAUGGACGUGGACCGAGGAUUCUAUCGUCAGGUGGACGUCCAGGACCACGCUCACUACAUCGUUGCCUUCUUUGUCUUGGUGAUUGGAACGGUGGGUGUUAGCGGGAACGCCCUCGUCAUGUACGCCUUUUUCUGUAACAAGAAUCUUCGGACACCUCCGAACUUUUUCAUCAUGAAUCUGGCCGUCAGUGACUUCCUCAUGGCCGUGACACAGUCCCCGAUCUUCUUCAUUAACUCUCUUUACAAAGGCUGGAUCUUUGGUGAAACUGGAUGUAAAAUGUAUGCCUUCUGUGGCGCUUUAUUUGGCAUCACCUCCAUGAUAAAUCUUCUGGCUAUCUCUAUAGAGCGCUACAUUGUCAUCACUAAGCCUCUGCAGGCCAUACAAUGGACCUCAAAGAAGCGCACUUGCAUCUUUAUUGCCGUGGUGUGGUUGUAUUCAUUAGCCUGGAGCCUUGCACCACUGUUGGGGUGGAGUUCGUAUAUUCCCGAGGGCCUGAUGACCUCAUGCACGUGGGACUACGUGACAUCUACUCCGUCCAACAAGAGUUACACUUUGAUGUUGUGCUGCUUUGUGUUCUUCAUCCCUCUGGGCAUUAUAUCCUACUGUUACCUGUGCAUGUUCCUGGCAAUCCGCCACACGAGCAGAGAUGUGGAAAAGUUGGGGUCUCAGGUGAGGAAGUCAACCCUCAUCCAACAGCAGUCCAUCAAGACUGAAUGGAAGCUGGCCAAGAUUGCCUUUGUAGUCAUCAUAGUGUUUGUGCUUUCCUGGUCACCUUAUGCAUGUGUCACCCUCAUCGCCUGGGCUGGAUAUGGAAACAUCCUCAAUCCCUACUCUAAAGCCGUGCCUGCUGUUAUAGCAAAGGCAUCAGCAAUCUACAACCCUUUUAUCUACGCCAUCAUUCACGCCAAAUACAGGGACACUCUUGCAAAAAAGGUUCCCUGUCUGCGCUUCCUAAACCAGGCCUCCAGGCGGGACUGCAUAUCCAUAUCACACAGCGAGUCGUCCUUCAGAGACUCAAUGUCGAGCAGACAGUCGUCAGUCUCCAAAACCAAGUUUCACAGAGUUUCCUCUCUGUCUACAUCAGACACACAGGUUUGGAGUGACGUGGAGUUGGACAGUAUGGACCAGAGCCAUCGCGUGAAGUCGAGCUACUCGCUCGGAGCUCUAAGGGACAAAGAGUACAAAUCAUUGGCAAAACAGAUUGAUGAAAGGGGAAGCCAUAGCCAACAACAAAUAAGUUUCAGUCCAGAGGAUCAUUGAACAGACGUGGACACAGCCCCAUCGACUGAAUCUAACAUGUACACGCCCUU